AUGACGUCUCUUAGUAUUGUAGCAAUUGUUGUUAUGGCUUUACUUUUGGCAUUUUCUCUUAUUCAUCUGGGUGUUAGCAUUGGUAUUAUUGCACAGUUUCGUAAAUAUGGAAAUUUUUUUCGUCCACAAAUAGGAUUAGCUGGUUUUAAUCUUGUUAUUAGUUUUUUUGGUCUUGCAGCCGGUGGCCUAGGUUUAGCCGCCAUUAUGACAAAAAAAAAAUCACUCGGUAUAAUUGCUGCUGUUGCAGCUGCUAUAACAGGCAUCUUUGCACUUGCUUCAUUAGUGAGUGCACUUGUUAUAAAUGCAAAGUCAUUGAGUUAUGUAAGUUCACGUUUUCACGAGCAUUUGAUAAACUACAAGACAAUUGAAGAUUCAAGAAUUAAAAUUGAUCUUAUACAAAGUCACUAUACAUGCUGUGGCAUCGAUACGUGGCUUGAUUGGUCAAUGGCUGACCUAAAUGGAACAUCACCAAUGACCACUACAACAAAUAUGAAUACAGCUACAACGGUACCUACCACAUCUCAGGCAUCGGAUACUACCGAUAGUUCUGCUACAACAAAUAGCAAUGUACAAACAAGUACAGCAAGUAAUUCAAGACGAAAACGUCAAGUAAUGCCACCACAUAAUUCUAUUGAAUAUUUGAUCAUUACAUACGGUGUUACUUUACCUAAGACUUGCUGUAGUAGUAAUGCAAUUUUCACUGAUACAGUUGAAAGUUAUUGUAUAUCAAAUGCUAAUAAUACUGUCAAUAGUUUUUAUCCGAUUGGAUGUGCAAAACAACUUGAUAUCGUUGCUGGUAAUCAAGCAAUGGGCUUUGGUGUUAUUAAUUCCUUUAUAAUUGUUUUGGCAUUUGUGGCUAUACCUUUAGCGCUUCUUGCUGGAUCCGCACCCAUGGACUAG